AUGCUUCAGCGUUCCAAGUAUAACCGCUUCAGGAAUGAUUCGGUGACAUCAGUGGAUGAUACGGUCCAUAACUGGUCCAUCAACAGCAAGUUAUCCUCAACAGAUACCAUUUCAGCGUCUUCGCCAUAUCUGGCCUCACCUGAGAACCUCCAGAAGGAGCAUGGUGGAAGCACCACCCUUUCCACUCUUGUGCCUAAAGCGUCCCACUUAAAACUCUCCUCCACAGGCAGCCUUUGGGGCAUCAAGAACCUUUCCUCUGCAGUGAAAGAGCUGGCUGUCGCCAAGUUGCAGGGUAGUCCAGCAGCAGAGACUUCAGACAACACAUGUAGCCUUGCCACUGCCACCCUGCCUUCUCAGCAGGACAAGAACAAGAUGAAUACCGGGAAAAAACCAUGGUCGGAGGAAAUGUACCUGGGAGAUGAGGACUGGAAUCAGCGUGGCAGCACUGCCAACAAAGUACCCCAAGGAUGGCUGCAUUCAAAUGAGAAGAUCCUAGGACCAGGAGUGAUGUAUAUUGUGAAGUAUUUGGGAUGUAUAAAGGUCUUGCGGUCCAUGAAAUCUCUGGAUUUUAAUACUAGAACACAGAUAACAAGAGAAGCAAUUGGCCUUGUUUGUGAAGCUGUGCCAGGAACCAAAGGAGCUUUUAAAAGAAGAAAGCCACCAAGUAAAGCUCUCUCUAAUAUUCUGGGGAAGACCAAUCUUCAGUUUGCAGGAAUGAACAUCAGUCUGAAUAUAUCUACUACCAGCUUAAACCUGAUGACUCCCGACUGCAAGCAGAUUAUAGCAAACCAUCAUAUGCAAUCUAUUUCUUUUGCAUCUGGAGUAGAUGUGGAUACAACAGACUAUGUUGCAUAUGUAGCUAAGGAUCCUGUUAAUCACAGAGCAUGUCAUAUUCUGGAAUGUUGUGAUGGUCUUGCCCAGGAUAUAAUCAGUACCAUAGGGCAAGCAUUUGAACUUCGUUUUAAGCAAUAUUUGCACUGCCCCUCUAAGAUUCCAGCACUUCAAGACAGGAUGCAAAGUCUGGAUGAACUGUGGAUGGAAGAAGACAGCGAAGUGGCUGAACAUCCCUACUACAAUAGUUUUCCAAACAAUGGACGAAAGAGUCAAGGUCAAAUUCCCCCUAUUUCAGAUCCUGCUCAGUCUGCAUCAGCAUUGGGAAAAGAGCAAACAUACUACCAGAGCCAGCACGUUAGAGAUCUGUGUGAUGAAGGGCAACAGGCACCCAGCAGGCAAGGGUCUUUGGACAUCUACAGUCUGCCAGAAGAAUCCAAUGUUGAUCUAUCAAAAGAGAUGCCAAUGUAUGUGAAUACACGACAUAUAAAUAUGGAAAUGCUCCAUGCUCUUCAGACAGAGGCUGAACAUUUGUUUACUGAAAAAAUAGAAAGCACCAAAGACAACAGGCCAGGAAAAGAUCUUUUUGACAUGAGCCCUUUCGAAGAUGCUCUCAAGAAUCAAAUGCCAGGCCCUGUUUUGAAUAAGGCUACCUCAGUUGAAUGUACCAGUCCUCUCUUUUCCAGAGCAAGUGGGGCAGCUGCAGCUGAAGAACUGAGCACAGAGCCCUGGUAUCAAGGAAAAAUGACCAGGAAAGAAGCAGAACAGCUCUUAAAGAAAAGUGGAGACUUUCUGGUUAGGAAAAGUACAUCCAAUCCAGGAUCCUAUGUACUCACUGGAUUACAGAAUGGACAAGCCAAACAUCUUCUGUUGGUAGAUCCUGAAGGAGUUAUUCGUACAAAGGAUCGUACCUUUGAUAGCAUUAGCCACCUGAUCAAGCAUCAUCUUGAGUACAAUUUACCUAUUGUCUCUUCUGGAACUGAACUCUGCCUCCAACAGCCUGCUGAAAAAAAGUGA